CUCGUUCAGUCGAGUAGAGUUCCCUUGAGCGAAGAAUCUCGCUGCGUUCAUAGCCGAGGAUAGGCAGGCCAAGCCAGUUAGCUGAGAGGAACGUACUUGUGUUGAGAGUGUGUGAAACAAUAAGGAUGACAAUGAGUUUCCUGACAGACCGGAUAUCUUUGGCGGAUGAGGAGACAGUCGGCAUAGGAGUCAUAAUUAAAGAAGAGUUCAACGACGAUGUCACCGAAGAGACAUGUCUGGAUAUUAAAGAGGAACCACUUUAUCAUGGAAAUGAAGCAAGCGGUGCAGUGAGCGACGUGAAAGUGAACCAUAAAUGCUUUAACUCUAACAAUCUUCAUGAGCUUAGACAUGAAAAAAAUCCAAAGGGUUCGUGUGACGUGGUUCUGGAUCGUAAUGACUUGUUAAGAGCUACUUUUGUGGCUGAGGACUGCGGGAACAAGUUUUCAUCAGAUGGAGAUCAGGCAAUGCACAAAGAGAGACUUGAGGAGGAGUUACAGGAAAAGGAAGCAUUGAAACGUUUUGUAUGUGAAGUGUGUGGCAAGAAAUUCUCUAAAAAGUGUAAUAUCUACUUUCAUAUGAGAGUCCACACAAAAGAAAAGCCAUACAGCUGUGAUAUUUGCAGCUAUGCCUUCUCACAAAAAGGUAAUCUAGUGAGACAUAUGAGAGUUCAUAAAAAGGAGACUCCAUAUAACUGUGAGUUUUUCAACAAAGGAACAUCUGAGAAAGGUCAUAUAUUAAUGGAUAUGAGAGUGCAUACAAAGGAGAAGUCAUACAGCUGUGAUAUUUGCAACAAGACCUUCUCACGGAAAGCUCAUGUAGUGAGCCAUAUGAAAGUACAUACAAAGGAGAAGCCAUAUAACUGUGAUAUUUGCAAUAAGGCCUUCGCAACCAAAAGCGACUUAAUAAGGCAUAUCAGAAUACAUACAAAGGAGAAGCCAUACAGAUGUGAUAUUUGCAACAAGGCCUUCUCACGGAAAGAUAAACUAGUCAGUCAUAUGAGAGAACAUAAAAGGACACGUUAUAAAACUGUGAGAAUGGCUAAUCUACCUACUCACAAAAAAUAAAUAAAUAAUGAUGAGGCAUAUAAAAGUACAUACAGAUGAGAAGCCAAACAGUUCUGAAGUUCGUAAUGACGAAUGCAUUAUGCUAAUUCAGAGAGGAGAAGCCAUAUCUCCAAAAGAUUUAUCAUAAAUCCUUUAAUAUCUAAGAUACACACACACA